AUGUUACCGUUGCGUAGAACACCUAGACCUGCAUCUAAAACACUCAUAGUUAAGAAUUCUCCAGAUAAUGAAAUAGCAAAGACCAAUUGUGUUGCUGUGUCACACCAAGAUUUCCCUGAUGGAUCAUAUGUUAUAAUUGAUGGGAAAUUUGUAUUUACUGUCAAAAACACCCCCAAAAUCAUGCCAGGGGCUAUUGGGCUGAGUGGUAAUCAAAGGUUCUGGGGGUCAUGGUCAACGGACCAAGAUGUGAGUGUUUCACACUACGACCUUUUUGCAGAAAAUGGCAGUAAAGGAGGUUAUUUAGGUACCAUCAAUGUUGAAAUCAACUUCUGGAAUAAAAAUAGGGCUAAUAACAUCCAAUAUGAUUCAGAUGAAAUGAUGAAGGUUUUCAUUGCAAAAUUUGAAUCGCAAGUUUUGCAGCCUACUCAGAUCCUCUUAUUUGAAUUUAAAGGUAACUAUUUCGAAGUUAUAGUUAAAUCUACAAUUGUUGUUAAUCUAGGUGAAGUGUCCACAGAUGGGAUUCCUGCAUCUACUAACAUCAUGUCUAAGGGUAUGGUUGUGCAAACUACCAUUGUUAACUUUUAUAAAGGUUCUGAUGGGUUGGUGAAUUUAAAGGCGUCUUCAACAAGGCCAAAUGCCGAUGCAAUCAUUAGACCUGAUUUUAAAUUUGAAGAUUUGGGAAUUGGAGGUUUAGAUAAAGAAUUCACUGCUAUUUUCAGAAGAGCAUUUGCAUCAAGAAUCUUCCCACCAGGUGUUAUUGAGAAAAUGGGCAUGACGCACAUCAAAGGUAUGUUACUCUACGGUCCCCCUGGUACUGGUAAAACCUUGAUUGCUAGACAAAUCGGUAAGAUGCUUAAUGCAAAGGAACCAAAAAUUGUCAACGGACCUGAAAUUUUGUCCAAGUAUGUCGGUUCAUCUGAAGAGAACAUUCGUAAUUUGUUCAAGGAUGCAGAGGAUGAAUACAAGAAAAAGGGUGAUGCGUCUGCUCUACAUAUUAUCAUCUUUGAUGAAUUGGAUUCCGUUUUCAAACAAAGAGGUUCAAGAGGCGAUGGAACUGGUGUUGCGGAUAAUGUUGUCAAUCAGUUGUUGGCUAAGAUGGAUGGUGUCGAUCAAUUAAAUAAUAUAUUGGUCAUUGGUAUGACUAAUAGAAGAGAUUUAAUUGACAGUGCCCUACUGAGACCUGGUAGAUUUGAGGUUCAAGUUGAAAUUCAUUUACCUGAUGAAGAAGGUAGAUUGCAAAUUUUGAAAAUCAAGACCAAGAAAAUGAAGGAAAACAAUGUGCUAGGCAAGGAUGUUGAUUUGCAAAAAUUAGCCGAAUUAACCAAAAACUUCUCCGGUGCUGAGCUCGAAGGUUUAAUCAAAUCUGCCGGUUCUUUCUCAUUGAACAAGCAUAUUAAAGUCGGUACAUUGGGACAAUUGAAUGGUGAUUUCAGCAAUAUUGUUGUUGAUAUGCAAUGCUUCAUUAAUGCAUUGGAAGAAGUCAAACCUGCCUUUGGUGUCCAUGAGGAAGAUUUGCAUGAUUGUGUUAAAGGUGGUAUCAUUAACUUUUCACCAAGAAUUAACCAAAUCAUCAAGAGAGUUGAACGUGAUAUUGAACAACUUAGAUUAUCCACAGAUUUCAAUUUUUCGUCACUGCUAUUAUUUGGACCAGCGGGUUCGGGUAAAACUGCCUUAGCUUGCCAAAUGGCUUUAACUUCAAAUUUCCCCUUCAUAAGAUUGUUAAGUGCUAAAGAUAUGGUAGGUAUGUCUGAAACAGCAAAAGUUCAACAUUUGGAUAAUGUCUUUCGUGAUGCAUACAAGUCGCCACUCAAUUUACUAGUGGUUGAUGAUAUUGAAGCCUUGAUUGACUAUGUUCCAAUUGGACCAAGAUUCUCAUCAGUUGUUUUGCGUGCAUUAAUGACAAGAUUGACCUCUAACCCGCCUGAUGGUAGAAGGUUAAUCGUCAUUGGCACAACUUCCAAUUAUAGGUUAAUGAAGGACUUGCAAAUGCUCAACUGUUUCAAUGAUGAGAUCUGUGUUAACAAUGUGACAUCGAUAAAUGAGAUAUGUGCUGUUGUUGACAAAGCGGGAUUCUUCCGCAAUAAUGACGAGUCGGAGAUCUCUAAAGGUGAUGAUGAAAUUGUCAAGCGUAUACAUUCAAGCUUAAUGGCUAUUUUUCCGGAAAAUAACGUUAAUAUCCCAAUUAAGAAGAUCUUAUUCAUGGGUGAUACUUCCAAGUUUGCAAAGAAUCCCGAAGAAGAGUUUGUUGAUCUAAUUGUUGAAUAUUGCAGAAAUAAUAUAUAA